AGCGAAGAUAAAGCCCAUAAAAACCUAAAAUGUAAGCGAGCUUGCUUGUUGCUCCUAUAAAUUCAUAAACCCUAACUUCGUUUUCCUCUCGCAGACGCAGCCAUGGGUAUCGAUCUUAUCGCAGGAGGUAAGAGUAAGAAGACCAAAAGGACUGCUCCUAAGUCCGAUGAUGUCUACCUAAAGCUUCUCGUCAAGCUUUACCGGUUUUUGGUGAGGAGAUCUAACAGCAACUUCAAUGCUGUGAUUCUGAAAAGGCUUUUCAUGAGCAAAGUCAACAAAGCUCCUCUUUCACUCUCUAGGCUUGUAGAGUUCAUGACUGGCAAGGAUGACAAGAUUGCUGUGUUGGUUGGAACUAUCACUGAUGAUUUGAGAGUUCAUGAGAUUCCUGCCAUGAAGGUUACUGCCUUGAGGUUUACUGAGAGGGCUAGGGCUAGAAUUGAGAAAGCUGGUGGAGAGUGCUUAACCUUUGACCAGCUUGCUCUCAGAGCUCCAUUGGGACAGAACACAGUUCUUCUUAGAGGACCAAAGAACUCGCGUGAAGCAGUGAAGCAUUUCGGACCUGCUCCUGGUGUGCCACACAGUAACACUAAGCCAUAUGUUAGGCAUAAGGGAAGGAAGUUUGAGAAAGCUAGAGGAAAGCGAAAGAGUCGUGGAUUCAAGGUCUAAGAAGAUGUUUUCUGGUUUCGUUUUGCUUGGUUUAAGUAUCGAAGUUUUGGUAGGGAACGCUGGUUCCUCUUUACCCUGUUCCAGACUUUGUUUUAAGUUCUGUUUUUCUAUUCUCAAGACAAUUGGAUAUUUUGCUUUGUCUUUUAAUCUUACUACUAUUAGCUGCAAUGAGAUUUUAUCUAGAAUUUGGAUUUGAUCAGUAUUUGGAGUUCAUAGUAUCAUUAUGGUCUAUUUCGUUUUGUAUUUCUCUUCCUUGGAAAUAAAAUAUCUGUACAUGAGUAUUAAAAUGUGUAAACAACCCUGAAAAAUGUUCUGUUUCGUACUAACCCACCUAAUUCGUUGUCUAUUAGGUUCUAGCAAAAAUCGUAUAUCCAUAAUCAUAAUGAAGCUUGUCAAAUAAGAACGCAUCAAGUCUUCUCAGCACAAGUGGAUGUAAUCCAACAACAUUGGAACACAGCUCCAUGGUAACAGGAGAUGGCUCGAAAGUUCCAUACUGAAUCUUGCAAGUUGGAAAUGGUUUUAAUGUACGCACGGAUAAAAUCUCAGUAACCAUUUCUCGGGUUUCCAAGAAGAACAGUGUGCGAUAACACAAACUUUAAGACUAAACAAGAAAAUAGAAGUAAAACAAAUCCAUGACAGGAUUAGUCCUCUGGAAAAACAAAACAAGGAUCUGAAU